ACGAGGCAUGUCCAAAAAAUAAAAACAAUUUAAAUGCGGCUCAACCUGAUUGCGGCGCCAAAAUGUGUUCGUACUUGGGAUUUGGCGGAGGUUAUAUGCUCUAUUUUGUAUUUACUCAUUUUAGUCGAAUUAAUGAUUUAUUUACACCUGUUGUAUGAAUCAAAAGUAACAGAUAUUACGUUUAUUUCCUUACAAUUUUCCCUACUUUUCAAUAUAACAGUCAUGCCUUAUAACGAAUUAGUUUUAGCCAUUAUACAUAACAAUUUACAAAAUAUUAUAUUAUCGAACUUGACUUGUUUAACAAAUUAUCUCAACUUCAAAAUUGAACUUUAGUACUUUUUUUUCUUAAUAUGUAAUACUCUAGAAAUUCUUUUCUUUUUCAACAAUGCACAAAACUAAUAUCUUUAAACCUUAUUUUUAAUCUUAAAUUUCAUUGAAAUUUGAUUAGUUGGUGAAUGUUGAAAUGAAGGAAAGUGGAUUUCAAAAAUGUUAAUAAUUUUUAUAUUGCAGAUUUGUACAUAUAAAAUGGCCCCGCCACCUUAACUAAAAAGAAACUAAUUAAAAUAUUGAUAUGCAGAUUCUUCAAGCUGCAUCCGAUAAAAAUAGAUACCUCUCCGGCUGGUGUAGAGUGCCAUAAAAAAUGUGAAUGAAUUAGCCGUCAGACGAGGACAUUGCAUCGCAAUUUGCAGCGAGCGGCGGAGCAACUGUGGCAACUGUCAGACUGGCCAACCGGCCACCUAACCCAGAUAAAGAGCAAACCGCACACUUGGCUGCCUAUUCAGAUAGAGUCGGGGCCGGCGACAGAACCAGAAGCUAUAGAAUCUGGGAACCAGCGGCUAGAACCAGAUACAAGAUACCCAAGGAGGAGGACAAAAGCGCACACAGGCUUUGUGGAUACAUGGAUGGCUAUUUUUUUCCUUUUUUUAUUUAUAUUUUUUCUAUAUAUUUCCCCACUUCUGCUGCCACUUUUGCUCUUCGGUGAGAAACUUAUAAACAGCCGUGGAAAGUUUUCAUAAAGGAUGAAAGUACGAACUCGAACACAUACACACACACACACUCACACACAUACUAACACAUACAGACACUCGAGUGUUUUGCAUUUUAUGUAGCAUGAAUGCAAAAAAAAAAAAGGACAAGAAGGGGAGAAAAAACUCUUUAAAAGCGAAAAACUUUUUUAAUAAUCCAGCGACAACGUCCUGUCUUUGUGGCCUGCGGAUACAGAUACAAAUGAGAAGAUACGAGAACAGGGAAUCUCUUCAGUCGAGUGGGCCAACUGUUUCAGGAAUUUAAAUUGUUAGUUUAUUUGCCGGCGCUCGGCACUGAUUGGAAAUCCAGUUUAACCCCAAAAACACAAUCGCAUUCACACAAACACCUGAAGCGACUUGCAAAUUGAGUGAUUUUGGUGGCAGGCAGGCAUCUGUAUCUGUAUCUCUGAGAUUGAUUCGGCAUCUGCUGGGGCAAGUAAGCCACAGACCAUAAGCUCUCCGAUUUUACCUAAUAUCAAUCCGAGUAUCUCGGCCAAUGUGAUUUUCCCCUGUCUUGUUAACCAAUCAGCCUUCCAUCCAUCCAUCCAUUCGACCAUCUAUCCAUCGGCGAACCCUUUUGUUGUGGCACUUUUGGGCUGCUCACUGAGUGUGUUAUCUGGCCAGAUUAUCUGGCUGAGUGAACGCCUUGGCUAAACGAAAUUCAAUCAGGCUAAUAGCUGGCGUAACCACACUUGGAAAAUAUUUUUCAUGAAUGGAAAUUGCCGCUCAAUCAAAAAAAACUCUACGUUUUCAAAGUAGCUUUGUGUUUCCUUUUGCAAGAGCUGGCAAAACAAAAAGAUUGCAAAAAUCUUGUAUUUCUUUGGGAUUAAAAUUGUUGUUUAUAUUUAUUAUUUGGAAAUGUGUGUGUAGUUUUAGGAUUUGCUUUAAUAAAAUGUAAUCCUUUCUUUAAUCUGGUUUAAUACUAUGUUGUUGACAAUAAAAUUUGAUGCGGGAUUUACUUGUUCUUUAAUGCUUGGGUUGUGUAAGCAACCUGAACGUUAAGAAAAUAAGUAUUAUUGCAACAUAAAUUUAUACUCUAUUUAACAAUAUUCAUUUUUCCUUUAAAUGUUAAGGGUGAUAUUCAAAUAUAAAUCGUUAAGAUGGGAAUAUGCAAUGAUCUUUUUAAGCUUAUAGUGUUUUAGAAAGCUUUCUGUUUCCCUUAAAAAGUAGCUAACCCCCCAAAUCGACUUCCCGAGGAGGCACUCAUAUUUUCUCUGAGUGCAGUGCCUUGAGUGCCGCCUGUGGCUGUGAUUCGAUUAUGCCACUGCCUUUGGGCGAGCCACUAGCAGUUGCGUUCCCCGUUCGGUUCCAAGCGAAUCGAAUCACAGCGAUGCCGCCGCGCUGGCUACAUUUGCUGGGCUCUGCGGCCCUGUCCCUACUGUACAGGCUGACCAGGGUGUUCGGCCUGCUGGCCACGGCCAACUCGAGUCCACGGGGAGUGCAGAGGAUGAGGCGGAGCCUCUACUGGCGCAUCCACGGCUGGCUGAUGCUGAUCUUUGUGGGCGUCUUCUCCCCCUUCGCCUUCUGGGUUAUCUACAAUCGAAUGUCCUUUCUGCGACAGAAUAAAAUUUUGCUUAUGAUUGGCUUCAAUCGAUACGUUCUGCUGCUGGCCUGUGCCUUCAUCACUCUGUGGAUACACUGCUCGAAGCAGGCGGAGAUCAUCGGGUGCCUCAAUCGAUUGCUCAAGUGCCGCAGGCAGUUGCGAAAACUGAUGCACACCCCGAAGCUGAGGGAUUCGCUGGAUGGUUUGGCCACCAAGGCCCACCUGGUGGAGGUGGUCGUGCUGCUGUGCGCCUUUAUGCUCUCCUGGGCUCAUCCCAUCCAGGUAAUCAAGGACGAUCCCGAGGUGCGAACGAACUUCCUCUACGCCUGCAGUUGUUUUUUCAUCCCCAUCUGCCAACUCAUCCUGCAACUCUCCCUCGGGAUGUACAUCUUGGCGCUUCUAUUUCUCGGCCACUUGGUUCAACACUCCAAUCUGCUGCUGGCCACAAUUCUCGCGGAUGCUGGGAGAAUUUUUGAAAAUUCCCUUACAGCCGGUUUUGGCCGAAAUCGCCGGGAGCUCUACAGAAAUCAACAGAAAUGGUUGUCCCUCGAGCUGUGGAGCCUACUUAAUGUGCACCGGCAACUGUUGAAACUCUACCGCACUAUUUGCCAUCUGUGCGGUGUACAAGCUAUAUGUUUUGUGGGUUAUGUGCCCAUAGAGUGCAUGAUUCACCUGUUCUUCACGUACUUCAUGAAGUACAGCAAGUUCAUACUGCGAAAGUUUGGCAGAUCGUUCCCGCUCAACUAUUGGGCGUUUGCCUUUAUGAUUGGUCUCUUUACAAAUCUUUGUAUGAUGAUUUUGCCCACUUACUACUCGGAAAGGAGGUUCAACUACACCAGGGAAACCCUCAGGCGCGGAUGUCUAGCUUUUCCCUCCAGAAUCACGGUCAAGCAACUCAAACACACUAUGCAUUACUAUGGUCUGUUUCUGAAGAACGCGGAGUAUAUAUUUGCCGUCAGCACCUGUGGACUUUUCAAGCUUAACAAUGCAUUUCUUUUUUGCAUUGUGGGGGCGAUGUUGAACUACCUGAUGAUACUAAUUCAAUAUGAUAAGGUCCUAAACCAAUAGCUGACAAAAUCCCCAGACAAUGGCAAUAAAUAAACACACAAAUUAAACUGUUCCCUUUGUUAAGGUUGGGUAAAUAUAAUAUAUAAUAUACGAUCUUGCAGAAUCGCAUGGCUGGGGUGG